UUAGUCAUCGGGACCCUCCCUCCGUGCGGGCGCUCGGCUCCGCCGCGGCGGCGGCCGCCUCAGCCUGGCGGCAGCGCCGCUCCUCGCUCUCCGCACAGCCUUCCCGCGCUGCUGGCGGGACGCGGCGCCUCUCUGAGGGGCGAGCAGCUGCCGAGGCUGAGGAGGGAAUGGAGAGGCUUGUGCUGCACUUUGCGGAGCUCUGCGCGGCGGCCAGCCUCCCGCGGAGCGGCCGGCAGCACUGCCGGCAGGCGGCUUGAGGCGGCCGAGUCGCCCCUGGGUGCCCCCGCCCUGAGCAGGGAAUGAGAGGCGGUGCCGCGGGGCUGCCGGAGCCCGCCGGGACCCACCAUGCGGGAGCUGGCGAUCGAGAUCGGCAUACGGGUCGUGCUCUUCGGGGUCUUCGUCUUCACAGAGUUUUUGGAUCCAUUCCAGCGAGUUAUCCAGCCAGAAGAGAUCUGGCUGUAUAAGAAUCCUUUGGUGCAAUCAGACAACAUACCCACACGUCUGAUGUUUGCAAUUUCGUUCCUCACGCCACUGGCAGUCAUUUUUGUGGUGAAAAUCAUCCGUCGGACAGACAAGACUGAAAUUAAAGAGGCUUUCUUAGCUGUUUCCUUGGCUCUAGCUCUGAAUGGUGUCUGCACAAAUACAAUUAAGUUAAUAGUGGGAAGACCGCGUCCCGAUUUCUUUUACCGCUGCUUUCCAGAUGGAGUAAUGAACUCUGAAAUGCACUGCACAGGUGACCCAGAUCUGGUGUCAGAAGGCAGAAAAAGCUUUCCAAGUAUCCACUCUUCCUUUGCAUUUUCAGGCCUUGGCUUUACCACCUUCUACUUAGCUGGCAAGUUGCACUGCUUCACGGAGAGCGGCCGGGGGAAGAGCUGGAGGCUCUGCGCAGCAAUCCUCCCCCUCUACUGCGCCAUGAUGAUCGCCCUGUCCCGCAUGUGCGACUACAAGCAUCACUGGCAAGAUGCUUUCGUUGGAGGAGUCAUUGGCCUGAUUUUUGCUUACAUUUGCUACAGACAGCACUACCCUCCCUUGGCUAACACAGCUUGCCACAAAUCUUACGUCAGCCUGCUAGAUCAGAACUCUGUGAAGAAGGAAGAGAGACCUACAGCAGACAAUGCAACCAGCCUGCCUUUGGAGGGCAUAACUGAAGGUCCAGUAUGACUUCAAGAAAUGGGCUGAAUGAACUUGUAGCUUCCUCACAUUUCCUUCAAACUGGUUUCUUAACACAGUCCUUCUUACUCUAUGUGGGUUGGUUCCUCCCCUCCCCCCUUUCCCCUGCCUUUGUUUCCUUUUUAUAAAGAGGAAUUAAAUAUUUUCUGUUAAAUGCCAUCCUAUUGUCAUACUUUUAAGGUCAAGCUUUCAGUUCAGGUUGGUGUGCUGAACCAGCUGUUUCCAGCCCACUGCAAAGCAACAGACUACCCGAGGGAAGGGCAGGGGAGAGCAUCAUUAAAAACACUUCCAUGGUUAAGAGAGUAAUUUGAAGAAGGUGUGAUUGAGGAUAAAGUAGAUCUGGAAGCAGAUUUCCUGAGGGACUAAGAAAGUUCUGGUCCUUUUCAGCACUCAUUGCUGUUGGUGGGUGGUGAGUACACACAGCACCUUUCAUCAGAUUGCCAGCAUCUGUUGCAGCCAGCAUCUGUUGCAGCCAGCCUCUCCUUUGCUAAGUCAGGGCAUCAUCUUUAUGUUUGUAUUGCUACCAUCUAGUGCUUAAAAAAUAUCUCCACGUGCUGGCAGAACUUUGUAUCAAUUGUCAAGUUGUGGUGAGGUCAUUCUGAGUUACCAAUGGAGUCUCCUUCUCUGGAGACAUUCAGAGUCCAUUACUGUGUGAGCUACUCCAAGUGAUCCCACCCUGGCCAGGGAGGUUGGACUGGAUUAUCUUUCGAGGUCUCUUCCAACCCCUAAUGUCCUGUGAUUCUGUGAGACUAAUGAUUGUGCAGCCAAAAGGUGUGAGUGGUGAGGUGUUUCUGAGAGCCCUGCUGUUAGUAGUUCCCCAGGAAGAUUCUGGCACUCAAGAAAUUGCAGACUUAAAGUGAUCAGCUUGCAACAGCCUAUGGGAUGGUCUAGAAACUUGGUAUUACAACAUCAGCAGUAUUCUGAGAGCUCUUGUAGUGACUACCAUCACUCUUUGCUCACUUGCUCCCUGUGGUAGGAGAAGGAGCAAUGGAUGUAAGUUGCAGCAACAGGAGGUUCCACUGCUACAUGAGAGAACUUCUUUGCUGUAAGGGUCACAAAACACUGGAACAGGCUGCCCAGAGAGGUUGUGGUGUCUCCUUCUCUGGAGCCUUUCCAGCCCUGUCUGGAUGUGUUGCUGUGUGAUCUGAACUAGGUUGUAUGGUCCUGCUCUGGCAGGGGCUUGGACUGGAUGAUCUCUUUGGGUCCCUUCCAAUCCCCUGACAUCCUGGGAGCCUAUGAAAAUAAAAAGAACAGCCAUGACAUUCAGCAAGCUCAAGUCAUUAAAACCAGUUUUAAACAAAUCCUAAGGCUGUGGAGAGUAAAGAAGCACAAUGUGUGCUGUGAAUCUCAGUGUGCCAUGCUCAUCCUUCUGUAGUGACUUCCUGCAGCAUUGGUGAUCUAAAGAGAUGAAUGAGAACACUUCUUCCCUUGCUUCAGGGACUGCAGAUGAGGAUCCUCAAUAUGAGGAAGAACUUCUUUACUGUAAGGCUCACAGAGCAGUGGAACAGGCUGCCCAGAGAGGUUGUGGAGCUUCCUUCUCUGGAGCCUUUCCAGCCAUGUCUAGGUGUAUUCCUGUGCAAACUGUGCUAGAUUCUGUGGUCCUGCUGUGGCAGGGGGGUUGGACUGAAUGGUCUCUUUGGGUCCCUUCCAACCCCUGACAUCCUGUGAGCCUGUGAAAUGCAAAAGGUUUUCAUUUGUGACUCUGGGCACACAGCGAUGAGUGCUUGCUGUGCUCCCCAGCACUGUAAUGUAACCAGAGGAAUGCUGGAGAAUUUUCCUCCAGAUCCAUUCCACGUUUUCAGCUCCACUUGGAGCAGGAUCUUUGCCCAGGCUGGCUUGAUAUCUGAGCUGAAACUCACCUGAAUCAAAACACUCUUGGUGUGAAGAAGGUCACUAAGUGUAUAGCUUCAGUUAAUAUAUUCUUGGUAGGAUCCUGUUUCUUUAUGUAGGCACUAUGCAGUACACAUCACAUUCCUGUGAAAGGAGGUACCUUAGGCUGGCAGAAUGUCAGGUUCCAGAGGGUUUAUCCUGUGAAAAUGCAGGGAGAUGUUCCAGUUCUGAGCACCCCCAGUUCAAGAGAACUGAUUGAGAGAGUCCAGCACAGAGCCACAAAGAUGAUGAAGGGAAUGGAACAUCUCUGUUACGAGGAGAGCCUGAGGCAGCUGGGGCUGUGCUGCUUGGAGAGAAGGAGACUGAGAGGUGACCUCAGCAGUGGUUAUCAAGAUGUGCAGGGUGAGUGCCAGGAGGCUGGAGCCAGGCUCUGCUGGGUGAUGCCCAGUGACAGCACAAGGAGCACUGUGGGAAGCUGAGGCAGAGGAAGUUUAAUAUAAACAUGAGGAGGAUUUUUUCCCUGUGAGGGUGACAUAACACUGGAUCAGGCUGCCCAGGGGGGUUGUGAAUAUCUCUCUCUGGAGAUAUUCAAAACCUGCCUGGAUGCAUUCCAGUGUCAUCUAGUUGGCUUAAUACCUGUGUUGAAACUCAUCUGAGUCAAAAUACUCUUGGUUUGGAGAAGGUCACUAAGUGUAUGGCUUUAGUUAAUUCAUUCCUGAUAGGAUCCUGUUUCUUUAUGUAGGCACUAUGCAGUACACAUCACAUUCCUGUGAAAGGAGGUACCUUAGGCUGGCAGAAUGUCAGGUUCCAGGGGGUUUAUCCUGUGAAAAUGCAGGUUAAUGCUCCAAACCACAUCCUGGCAGCUGAACAUUCCUUAGAUGGAGCUGUUGGUGAAAGCAACCAAGAUAGCAGUGAUCCACAACCGUGACUAUGGUGCUCUAGGCUGGAAGAGACUGCUGCCAUAAUUGCAGUGGAUGUGUUCCUGUUGGGAUAUGUAUUGGCCUGGUAGGCAUUUUAUGGUUCAAACAGAAUCAUUGAAUCAACCAGAUUGGAAGAGACCUCUAAGCUCAUCCAGCCCAACCUAGCACCCAUCAACUAAACCAUGGCACUAAGUGCCCCAGCCAGGCUUUCCUUGAACACCUCCAAGGAUGGCAACUCCACCACCUCCUUGGGCAGCCCAUUCCAAUGCCAAUCACUCUCUCUCUCUCAAGAACUUCCUCCUAACAUCCAGCCUAGACCUCCUCUGGCACAACUUGAGACUGUGUCCCCUUGUUCUGUUGCUGGUUGCCUGGCAGAAGAGACCAACCCCACCUGUCUACAUCCUCCCUUCAGAUAGUCAUAGACAGCAAUGAGAUCAUCCCUGAGCCUCCUCUUCUGCAGGCUGCACACCCCCAGCUCCUUCAGCCUCUCCUCAUAGACAGCUCAUUGUCUUCACAUAAGGCUCAUCAUGUCCUUUUGUCAAAGGUCAGCUUUGUAGGUUCUCUGAGAAGAGCUGAGUUUCCUGAUUGGCAACACUGCAAUGUUUCUAAAAGCAAGUCAGAAUCCUUUUUAAAAGGAAUGUAAGAAUUGUGUGCUACAGAAUCAACCUGUUUUUAAACCUGUCUAUAUGUAGGGGCUGACAGAGAGGAACAGAAUGAAAAAAGCCUGGAUGAGGCACUUAGUGCCAUGGUCUGGUUGAUUGGCUAGGGCUGGGUGCUAGGUUGGACUGGAUGAUCUUGGAGGUCUCUUCCAACCUGGUUGAUUCUGUGGCAAAGCAAGGGAAACAUCCAUUCCCAACAUGAUCUUGCUCUGGUCAAAAUCAAUGCCAGCACUGAAUUGGCUGGAGAAUGCUGAUCUGUUAAUAAUCAUCAUUAUUACAGCAGAGAAGUCAUCAGCAAACAGGCUUCAUGGACUCUAUGAUUCUAUGAAUGUAAUGGGCAUGAACCCAGGAGGGUUUGGGAGACAUAGGUCUAAUCUGAAUGAGAAACAGACAGCAGUUUGGCCAUGUCAGUUAGAGGUAGGAUUUUGUACUGGCCAGUUGCAGUAUCCUGAGCUCUAGAACAGAGGCAGGUGCCCAGCUUCACCAGGGUUUUGCUGGUGUGUGUCUGCCAGCUCAGAAAACCAACAUCAGCAAAGCAAAAUGACUCUGGCCUUGCAUUUGCACCGAGUUUGUUGGGAUGCUCUUCUGGUGGAGCUGAGGUCUUGCUCUAGAGAUCCACACAGCUCAGUGGGGGUUGAAUCUUUCUCUAGCUUUUAAACCCUCCUACAGGACUCUGUAACUGGGCUAUCAUCUUCUAUUACUUCAUGUGGGUGGUAUAAUGAAAAGCCCUGGAGUGAAGCUCUCAGGUGUGCACAGGGCUAAGCCAUCAGCUUUUUCUUCACCCCAGUCUUCCAGGUGAUACACCAAUGGCAAAGGGGGAAAACAAAGCAACCCUUCAAUCAAAAGUAGAGGUUUAAUGCUGACACAUAGAGAGCAUUUUGCAUGUUUUUAAUAUAGACCUGGCUUCUUCUGACAAAUGAGUGGGGGCCUCCUCACUGUGCUCUACACAUUCCCAGUGUUUGAAUGGCUUUUGAUACAAACAAGCUGUCUUCUUUGGGAUGGGGGAAAGCUUCUACAGCUCUCAAGUGAACAGUGGCUGUGAGAGUCUGAAGUGUAAUGCAGCAUAAAUAGUGACGUUGCAAGGAGUAAUUGCAGAGCUUUGCAAAGCAGUGAAGGGUAACACAUUUUAAUGGCAGUAAGGGAAGCCAUGAAAUAAAGAGUGUAAAAGCCUUGAUCAAAAUGUGGUUUAAACCAUGAGAGACUUAAUGAUUUGAAACUUGUAGAGGCAGCAGUAGGUGCUGUCAUUGCCAGUGCAAAGUUGAGUGGAGGGAAGGCGUUUUUGUGGAUCAGUGUAUUUUAACCUCAUGCUUUCUCAAUGUGAAGGAGAUGUAAUGUUGUAAACUCACCAAUAAAACAAGACAUGAGUGUGGGUUUGUA